AUUUCAUUCUAAAGUCAAGCAUUGAAAUCUCGUAACAGAUUACUUGGGACCUUCAUUUUACAGGAUUUUCAUAUUACAAUAUUUUGUUUUAAUUUUUGAUUAUCUAAUGUUAAUAUUAAAAUUGGAGAAUAAAAUAUAUAACUAUAAUAGCUUUAAAUUGAAAAAAUACAUAAAAACUACCACAGAUUAUUAAAUUUAAGAAAUCCUCGGGAAGAGUUUAAAUUUCCCCAAGAAAAUCCACUUUUAUUUCCACUUUUUCCACUUUGUUUUUGGUGCGGGAGGAGGGAGGGACGACACAACUGCAUAAUCGAUGAUGAUUGGCUAGGGCAGAGAACGCUUUCAUGGUAAGCCAAUCAGAGACAGCCGGCUCACACGCCUCAGACUAGCAGAGGCAAGUGGCCGCAAUGGCGAGUCUGGAGGGAAAGUUGGCGUUUUCAAAACGGAAGUACAGGCACUACCUCAAUGUCCUACAGGCUACACCUCCACUCACACACUUGGCUCUUGCAUCACCUGACACCUGCCAACGAGGGAGUCCAGUUCUGUCAGUGACAUCUUUACAGUCUUCACCUUUUUUUUUCAUCUGGACCGAUGUGAGCACUGUCGCUGCUGCUUCAGGGGGAUACAAACAGAAAGUUUGACAAUUUCUCAGUCCAAACAAAAGACGGCCUGCUGACUGCCAGCAUUUUAAAAGUGACAGCAUGAAGAAACAUAAACUCCGUCUCAAUGACCAGCUUAUCCCAAAUCCAACAGAUGUAAAUGUAGCGGAGAAAAUGUCAAAAAUUCCAACUCUAAGGGAACAUCCCUAUUCAUCCCACAUUUCCCGGUUUGCAAUGUUCCCAUCCAUCCAUCCUGCAGACGUCUCUGAGUCAGCGAUCAGAAGAGACUUGCGGCCUUUGACAAGUCCCCAGAUCCCAAAUACUGCACAACACUUUAACCUGCGAAGCAAAACCUAUGGAGCUCCGUACAGGCAUGAAAUCUGGACUUCCCCAGUGAAGAGCAGAAAAGAGUCUGUUACUUGGAAGGACGGACAAAACAACUCUAUGGAUGGAACAAAGUCCCUGGAAGAACAAAAAAGAGAAUCAAACAUCACUCCUACCGUGACAGUGCUGUCCAACGCUGGACCACAGGACCGCAACUUGUCUUUGUUUGGACAAACAAGUGACAAAAAUAAAGAGAGAGACCAAUGGACCACCUCCUAUCGAGUGCACUAUGCAGAAGCAACCCCUCUGAAGAUGAAUCACUUCAAGACAAAGAUGGACAAACCCUCUCUGACAUCACAUCCCUCAUCUCUGCAGGCAGGUAGAAGAAGAAACCAGAUGUCAGUCCAUGUAGGGAGGAGCCCCUUCACUCCCACCACUGCUGCUGAACUCCAGAAUCCACUGUCGGCUCUGAAGGAAGAUCCAUGUACUCUGAUUCAACUCGGACCUCAUGAGAUCACAGAUCAGCAUAAUGAGUCACCACGUCUACAUUCAAAGGGCCAGAGUCAGAUGGAGAACUCCAGUGGCUGCUCUGACGCACUGGAGGAGGAGUUGUUACAAGAUGUCUCACACACACAGGCUCAGCACAACUACCAGGAUUCCUCACUUAUGUUCAAUGACUGUCAUUCAUCACAGAACAACAUGGAGGCGAACGCUGCCUGGAUGUUGGACAGUCCUCUGGGUCCGUACCCCAGGGAGGCAGGUGUCAGCAGAGAGAGGAUCACAGAUGAUCUCCAUUUUCAAAAGCAGUGUUUCAACGUAGACAGAAACUCCUCCAGCUGCAGCCAGUCUGCUCCAGUCAAAGAAUCCUCCACCACCUGUAACCCAUCACGGCCGGCUGUCCUACCUGGCAUUCACACAGGAGAAAGAAGUAAGACUAUAGGAAGAGAAAAGUCAGCUCUCAGCCUCCUGGAGCUGCAGAAUUCAUUCAGUAAAUCAUUAGCACAUCACAGAUUUAACACAACUCACCCGUGUCCUCCUGUCAACCUGAGACACAACAUCACAGGGAGGAAACACAACUUCUUUGGAAUCAACUGCUACUACCUUCACGGAUAAACUUCAGCACAUAUCUCAGUUAUAUGUUUUUAAAAAAUGUUUUAAAAAAAGUAGUCCAAAUAUCUACAAAAUAUUUUCAAAAUCAUAUUUUUCAAAACAUUCGGUCAGUUAAUAUGUUAGCUUACAUACACUUAUUUAUAGAUAUUUACCUGUGGAUUAAUAGAUAAGUGGUAUUUGCCCUCUACUGGUAAAUUAGUAACCUUUAAUUAUGUCCAUAAAUUUAGAUGAGACAGAUGACUUUAGUCUUAAAUUAAAAAAAAAAAGCCACUGGUGUCAAGGUUAUAUUUUAUUUAAAUAAUAAAAAAUAAAAUUAAUGUGUUUAACUAAUCUUCUUAAUGGUUGGGAUAAUUUAUUUAUUUGUUUGGAGGUGUCAGCUGCAAAAAGCAACAUGAUUGAAGAGGCUGUACAGUUAAAGUAAAAAUAAUAUAGUACUUUUAAGCAGUUUCUCUGUUAGACCUAUGUAAUGUAGACUUCAGUGAAGAAUUUGAUAAUCAAAAUCCUAAAAUAAAGUUUAUUUCAUGUUAAACACCUACAGGAGAGGGACAGGAUACUGCAUAUUUCCAACAAUAGUACACACCCAAAAAUAUCGAUAUGCAUGAUAAAAUAUAAAAUUCUCUAUUCUCUAAAAGUUCUGAUAUACUCUAUAUCCAGAAAACAGCAGCAGUGAGUGACAGAGAUGAGCAGGAGACAGAUACUGUAGAUCUGCACAAGAGUCCAUUUCAGGAACAGCAUCAGUAGAUGUUUUUUCUCUUGUUUCCAUCAUUUUAUCUCCACUAAAAACUCUCAUGUGUUGCACAGUCAUGCUCUUACGUAAGGCACCAACAGCUCAUUGUUGAUGAAUAAAGAAACGACCUUCAAAGCGUUCCCACUUUACACAAAAAGAUUAUUCUGCAGCAGUUUUUUUCUUCAAGAUGCUACACAGAUAAAAGCUUUGAUUUUUCCACCUCAGUUAACUUCAGUUUAUUUUUCCACAUUCAAAAUUCAGCACAGAGUUCACCUUAAACACUGUGCUGCCUGUGUAACAUAAUUCACCUCUCUAUUUUGUAAAGAUUACAGUACCAUCUUGGCUGCAUCAAGAGAAAAAAAGCAUUUUCACACGUAAUCUGCUGCUGUUAGGCAGACUGUCUCUGAAAGGUUUUCUUUGUGACGGCGAGUCCUUGAGCAGGGAGCCUUCAGUGAUAGAACAGCUACUCAUUCAGACAAGAGUCUUUCACACUGCAGAAAUGUUCCAUCGUGAUUCUUAGGAUCAUAGAGGAUCAUAUAUCAUAUGUUCUUUUAUUCUACUCAUUUUAUUAUAAACGCUUUUUUAUUCUCUCCCUUUUGAUAAUACGUAGUUUUUAAAACUCACCAAAAAUAUGCAAUUCGUAAAUUUGCCCAGCAGGUGGUAGUGAAGAAUCGUCAUUUUCGAAUACGUUUGAAGACCAUGCUAAAAGCCAUUUUGGGUAUUUAAACAUUCUACUUUUUUUAAAUAAAAAAAGAAAUUUACACACAUAGAAGCAAGAGACAAGAAACUGAGUACACCUACACAGGAGUAAGGGGCAUCAUUUGACGUUUUAAGAACACCUACGUGCAGGGAAAUUCUAAUAGUACAAAUAAAUAGUGCAUCCAAAAAGCGUAGAAAACAGUGUAACGGUCCCUGCUAGAAGGUUAUCAAAUCUGGAAGAGCUCGACA